CAGAACUUUUGGACCUCGCUUCAAACAACCUCGCCUCCGUGGUGGUUGGACGUGGAUGGACAUGACCGACUCGCCAGCUGUCAUAAAGCAGGAUGAGGUGGAGAGUCUGUUGCUAUACAAAGACCUUAUUCCCCGUCUGGAAGUGGCGAUGGGGAAGUUCUCUAAACGGAACAGCGAUGAGUUAAUUCAGCCCGUACGCACCGUGAUCCCGCUACAGAAAUACAAUGGAUUUUUGGGUCUAAUGCCAGCAUACAUGGUACAUGAAGACGUCUUAUGCACUAAAAUGGUGUGUUUCUACAAAAGAGAAAGCGGUUCAACUUUGCCCUCUACCCAAGCUACUGUACUAGUGUUUGAUCCCGAGUAUGGUCAUUUGAAAGCUGUUAUAAAUGGAGAUGUGAUUACUGCCAAAAGGACAGCAGCGGUAUCUGCUAUAUCUGCCAAGCUGCUGAUGCCAGGGCAGUCUGAGGUGCUGGCCAUUCUGGGAGCAGGUCACCAGGCUGUCAGCCACUACCAAGUCUUCACUGAAACCUUCUCCUUCAGGGAGGUGCGUGUGUGGAGCCCGAGGAGAGAGACGGCAGCAAAGUUUGCCAGCUCCGUGGAUGGUGCUGUGUCAGUGUGUGACUCUGUGGAGGAGGCUGUGAGAGGGGCAGACGUCAUAGUCACCGUGACCCGUGCCACUGAACCGGUCCUCCUCGGGAAGUGGGUCAAACCAGGGGCACACGUGGCAGCGGUGGGAGCCUGCAGACCAGACUGGCGAGAGCUGGACGAUGAUUUGAUGAGGGAAGCAGUGGUUUAUGUGGACAGCAGAGAGGGAGCGACGGCAGAGUCUGGGGACAUCAUCCUGUCAGGGGCUGAAGUGUUUGCAGAGCUGGGAGAAGUUCUUAAUGGAAACAAACCUGCCCACAGAAAGAAGACCACCGUGUUUAAAUCCCUAGGGAUGGGGGUACAGGAUGCUGUGUCUGCCAAGCUGGUGUUUGACCAAUGGGAACAGCAGAGGAAGCUGUAGCAUAGCCAGGCAGGAAGAGGUGGAUGCCCCGAUACUGACAUUUACUGAUAAACGUAAUUAUAUAUUCAAAUAGGGUGGGGAAAACAAACCACCAAUGCAGUUCUGUGAAUUUAUAUGCUUAAAAAACAAACAAAUAACACAACAGAUUAUAAUUUACUAUUGAAAUAAAAUGAAAAUUUGUGUUUUC